AUGGACCCAUCCAAGCUGAUGAGCAAGAGCAGGAGGUCUCAGAGCCCUGGGAAGGAUAAGCUAAAUGCAGACCUCGCCGGCAAGGGGCCGGUCUGCUCUGCUGAGCCACGCUUCCAGAUGGGUGAUGAGCCCGAGGAGCCGGCGAGCGGGCCCUGGGCUGGCGGAGGGACACGACAGGGUCAGCCCCCUCCCUCGCUGCUGACAAAAAAACCCUUUAUUUUCCUGUCGGCGGCAGCGCCGGGCUCGCUCUUCUCACUUCUCUGGGUUUUCUUUUCCUUUUUCCAAAGAUUUUUCCUCCUGCAGCGAGCCGCAGCCUGCCCUUUCCAGCUCCGAACAGCCUCGGUCCUCUCGAGUUCCCUGGAGCUGCCUCUCAGAAGCCAUCUCCCCUUCGAGCCCGCAGGCGUCUGCCCCAGCCCGGCGUCUUCCUGGAACCGCCAGCAGAUCCGCACGAAAGCGCGUGGGAACGAGUAUCAGCCGAACAACCGCAAGCGCAAACGGACCCAUGGCUGGAUCAAGCGCAUCAGCACGCCGGCCGGCGUCGCGGUUAUCCUCCGGCGCAUGCUGAAGGGCAGGAAGUCUCUGAGCCACUGAGGGCUCUGCCCGCGAGGUCGAUUUGGUCGUGGGGCGAGCCGGAAUCGAGCCCUAGAGCUGCCACCGCCACGACCCAGCCUGAGCGUCCGUGCCGAGGGAGACCGCGACGAGCAGCAGCGACCAACGGUCCCUGUCGUGUCGGGGAGCGUGUGAGGAAUCGCGCUGGCUUGAGGGCGGCCUCCGAGGGCUUUGUUUAAUGGCCGCUUUUUAAAUCGUGACAGUACUGCCGCUUUGUGUGAUUCAAAGAUAAACUCGUGAGAACAGGAGCUGCGAUUAAAGCCCCGCGACCUCGU